UUUGGUCUUGUGGAGCUGCACUGACGCUUCACACAAACUAAUAAGGAUGUUUUUAGUAGUUUUGCUUGGAUAUUCUGUGAUACAUGCUUAUGCGGACGAUGUUCCAGCUGUGGCUGAUGUGGUUUUGUCCUGCGUCCUGGUGGAGGACGGUGCCGCUCACGGUGGAGGAGAUGGAGGGAUGGGUGCAGGCGGGUUCAGUCGUUCUGCCGCUACACUCGUCCUGAGGGAUGUACCCGCGGGUCCUGACCAAUCACUGGAAGGCCUCACGCCGUUUGUCCCGCCCAGAGUGAUCAUCCCAGACGUCCUCAUCAUCGAAGCUACAGUGUCUUCUCCUGAUAUUCCAAACUCGGACGUCUUGCUCCACGCCGACUGUAACGGGAAGGAGGUCAUGUGUGAGCUGAGCCCCUUCUCUCCCGACCCGUCCCGGAAAAGUGCAGACCAAGCCUUCUUCAUGGUGUCGGUGAGCGUGGACGGGGAGGACUUCAGCACCUCACUCAUCCUACGAACCAUAAAAGUGGAACAAAUAACCCAACGACACAGCAGAUUAGGUUUACCUCUCAGCCCGUCUGGAACUGUGCAGUCUGAGGUGGCGAUGGUCGUCUUCUCUCAUGUGAAGUCUCUGUCUGGAGUCCUGCGGGACGAGGUGCAGCUGCCCUGUGGCUUCAAACAGCAGGACCCGCCUCUGGCUCCGGACGUCCAGGUCACGUGGAGGGUCCAGCACCGCGGGAGGGGGCGCAAGAUCCUGGGACUGAAGACCAGCCUGGAAGACACGCAAGGUCCCGUCAUCCACGCAGAGCGGAGGGGGGCGUGGGUCAGUGCUGAGCAGGUGGUGUCUGAGGGAAACGCGUCUCUGACUCUGAGCGACCUGAAGGUGGAGGACGAGGGCACCUACAUCUGCGCAGUCUCCAUCGGGAAGUUCCACGCACAACAGGUCAUGCUGCUCAACGUCAUCAAACUACCUGAGGUUUCACUUUCAGAAGACAAACUGGUUUUAAAAUCAGCUAAGACUCUGGUUUGCUACAGCAGUAAAUACUACCCUCUGGACGCUGAGAUAGAGUGGUUUUCCCUCGGCCCGGACGACUCCGAGCCCGUCGCGUUUCCCGGAAAGCCGUCUCUGUCCGCUCACCGUAGUCAUGGCGACGGCACGUUCUCAGUCUCGUCUCAGCUGAACGUCCCGCCCACCGUCUCACCUGGGACAAAGAUCACCUGCACUGUGUCCCACCCGGCUCUGGACACGCCCCUUUCUGUCAGCGUCAUGGUGGAAAUGCCAGAGCCAGAUUCUUACUGGUGGAUCCUGGGUUUCCUCAUCAUCACUGUGCUUUUCUUCCUUCAGGUCAUGAAGUAAGAACUCAGAGCACUGUGUAACUUUGACUGGACUUUGCACUAUUUAAAGAGCCUGAAUUAUGCUGUUUUCUGAUCUGUUCUAAUGUUGUUUCCUCAUCACAAACAGACCUGGAGCUGUGUUUUGCUUCAUUCACAUGUUUAACACACAAACCCUGCAGAUUUAGGCUGAGUUCUUCUCUCAAACUGAAAACACUCUGUUCCACCUUGUGAUGUCAUCAUGUGGUGAUACAGGAAGUGCUCCACUGUGUUUUUAAACUCCUGAGACCUGGCGUCCUCAUCAAACACAUUUUGGGUUGUUUAGGCCACAGUG